AUGGAGUAUGCCCAUGCCCAAUCGGUGUUGAUCAUGGGCGAAACGCUUGCAAGUAAUACUCCGUUCGAUUUUUCUCGACAAAGUGUUACCAAAAGGAUUCAGAAGCAUUUACCGGUCAUGUUGGAGCACAGAUUGAAAUCUCCCCCAGAGGAAAUCUAUUCGCUUCAUCGAAAGCUUUCCGGCUCGUACUUGCUAGCUACAAAGCUGAAAGCUGUGGUCUCAUGUGGUGGCCUUUUCAAUGAGAUUUACGAUAAUUACGCGUUUGGAGAAGAUGGCAGAGACAUCGAUAUCGAUUCUGAACCCGAAGCCAUCGGUGGAUUGCUAAUCUUCACAAGUGCCUAUGCCAAAUCCGCCUCUAUAGUUACUUCGGUUUCGAUUCUAGGCGGUAUCAUUGCUGCUGGAGUGUUUGAUCUGGUGGCUCUUCUUGGAUCUACGAAACAAAAAAGUCCGACCGCGCCGGGCGUUCAAGCUCUCUUUUUAGUAUAUAUGAUCAUACUGUCGUGUGUCUUCAUCAUUCAAUUUAUCGUGGCAGUUCGUUUGCCUCGGAAAUGUCUCCGAAAGCAGUCUGGAAGAGGUCGUGAGGAGUGGAUGGAAAAAAUCGGAUGCGGCUGUGAAGUGGGAUGCUCAGAAAGCAUUCAGUUGCUGCGGCUUGGAGAAGGACCAGGAAGUGCUGACUUGUAA